CGCCCAAGACUACAAGUCCCAGAAUGCUGCGCGCCAUGGCGACUGCGCACGCGCCCUCAGCGCUUCCGGGGGCGGGGCUGAGGGGCUCACUUCCGGCCGCCUCCGGUCGGGGGCCAUGGCUGCCCUCCUGAUGGCCGGGCCGAGGUGGCUGGCCCCCGUGGCAGCACGGGCUGGACCUCUCCGCAGGCGGUGGUGCCCGGGCGCCGGGCUGGACCCCCGGAGGUGGCUGGGCAGCCGGUCAGCCCCGUCGGAGGAGAGACCGCCGGGCCCCGGCGCCGAGAAGUUCCACCCCGUCUACAGGUUCCCUGCCAUCCGCGCCUUCGGCCUGCUGUCGAAGCUGAAGGUGGCCCAGACGGCGCUGACCGUGCUGGCCCUGCCAGCCGGCGCCUACGGGCACGCCCAGGGCCUCGUGCCGCUCAGCUCCCUGUACCUGGCCGGCGGGGUGGCCGGCUUCGCGCUGGCCAUGCUGUGCUGGAUGAGCUACUUCUUCCGGCGCCUGGUGGGCAUCCUGUACGUGAACGAGGCGGGCACCGUGCUGCGCGUGGCGCACCUGACCUUCUGGGGCUGGCGGCAGGACUCCUACUGGCCCGUGGCCGACGUGGUGCCGCUGACCGAGAGCCGGGACCGGCCCCAGGAGCUGUUCGUGCGCAUCCAGCAGUACAGCGGCAAGGCCACCUUCUACCUGCCGCUGCGCUACGGGCGCGUGCUGGACCGGGAGCGCUUCGCCAGGGUCUUCGGCGCGCUGGAGCAGCUGAAGUGAAUGGCCCUCACCGUGGGGGUGGGGACCUGGAGGCCGCAGGAGCUCAGACCCGGGUUGAUGGACCCUGGCUGAAAUCCCCUCCGCGCUGUGCUCGUCACAGCACCCUCGCCCCUUCGCAGACGCCCUAGGCCGGGUGAGCAGGCGGCUGCAGGAAGACGGGGUCGGUCCGGUCCGGGUCAGUCCGGUCCGGCCAUUCUCAGCAGCCUGACCCCUGGGCAGCCCAUCCAUCGGGGCUCCUGCAAGCCUUGGCUUCCACCCCUGCACGCCCUGAUGGUGACCAGGGCCCCCGUCCCGAGCCCGCUGGGACCCUGGGCGCGGAGAGAGCCCGGCUCCCGCCUGGUUCCCCCCCCCCCCCCCCGUCACCCCGAGCUCUGAACCUGGAGGAGCGCCUGGCCCGACCCAAGAAUUCAAUUUCUUGAUCACACUGUAAGAAUUCAGUUUCUUGAUUCAAUCACACUGUAGUAAGUGACGCCUCAAUAAAAAGUAACGGAGAA